AUGUCUUCCGAUAUGGUAAACAAGGGAAUGGCCCAGGUAUUCACUGGGCUGGGAAUUUUACUCGGCGUUGGCCGAAUUUCUAGCACCACCCAUGAGGAGAUUAUGGCACUCCUCAAUGCUGACCAAGGCUCCAACACGGGUAGCAGCAUGGGAUUUAGCACGGCGCCUAACUCUACUAUUCACGGCCAAGUAAAGCGGGUGGAGAUGGGAGAGAUUCCCGCUGGAUUUCCCCGUCCUGGAAAGGAGACUCCGGUCUCCGUUCAAUCCCAGGAUCUCCUCGAAUUUCCGGACGAGCCAGUGAAGCCUGCGCAGACCCUCCGUGCUCAACCUACCCAAAGUGCUCCUUCUAAGGAGACUAAGCUUAUCUGCCCUUGGUGGUUUACUGAGGGUUACUCCUGCCGGGAGCAUGACGAGGGCAAAUGCCCUUUUUAUCAUGAUAACAUUGUCGGGGGUGUUAAGCACCCAUUGAUCUGCCACUUCUGGGCUGAUGGGGGCAGAUGCACAAAGAGCGACAAUGAUUGUCGCUUCGCUCACUACCCAGCACCCCAUCGAAUUCGUGCUCCGAUGCCCUCAAAGAGGGGGUCUAAGAAGCUUCGUUCUUCCGCCACCGAUGAUGCGAGUCAGGUCGACCUAAUGAAGACCUCACAUAACGACUCGCAAGAUGAGGAGGAGGACGACGAGUACUGGCACAACCGAGGCCGUGCUCGUCCCGGUCAGGAGUGGUAG